AUGCGAGUCAAUCAUUAUGUCAUGGUUUUUUGUUUGAUUUUUGGAAUCCUAGCCAAUAUUUAUGUAAUCGUAAAGCUGAACAUUGGAACUAAUCUUUUUGAAUAUCUUCAAAAAAUUCAAAUGUCCAAUAUCCAGCGGGAUACGGUACCGAAAUGUGAAAUUGAUGCCGAUCAUUUGUUGAAUUUCAUCGAAAAUCGACACUUUUUGGAGUUAGAGGAAAAGGAACAGCGAAAAAUCCCGAAAAAUCACGAAAAAACACUACAAACUAUGCUUUUUGCCUUUCCAACUGCCGGUUUAGGAAACAAGCUUUUCGAGAUCAUAUCUCUCCUCGGAAUCGCUGAUACCCUUCAAAGGACACCAGUGAUAAAUGCAACAAAUUCUGAUUAUAUAAAUGUUUUAUCAAAAAGUAUUCAGCCAAUUUUCCCAAAAUUAGUGGAGGAAUUUGACCUAAAAAUUAUUCCGAGUUUCAAAUAUUUCCAUCACAUUCGGCCGAAAAUUCGAGAAUUAUUGGCGCCAAGCAAGUUGACAGCCGUUAGAGCGGAAAUUUUGUUGCCCACGAAAUAUAGGAACGAUUUUAUAAUCUGCACGCACAUCCGCCGUGGAGACUUUCAGUACGAUGGUGUCCAUCAACCAUCCGAUGCCACGUUUACCCGAUCGGCCACCGACUUCUUAGUGGAUUACUAUAAAAAAUCUCGUCGGCGGGUUACUGUAGUGGUGUUGGGCAACGAUAUUCAUUUCGCGAAAGCCGUUUUCGAAGCUCCAUCUUCCACUUUUGGAUGGUGGUUGUCGUAUUUAUCGAAAAGGAAAUCGCAAGCGUAUUAUCGGGAUAUAACGGAGUCGAAAGAUGGGGUGCUCCGAGAAAUGCGCGAAGACGAUUUCUACCCGCCAGAAUGGAUAAAACUGAAAACCGACCAAAAAACUGGAAAAAUUCGAAAGAUUCGGUGA